AUGAGUGGUGGAGAUAGUUCGAUUUUCAUGACUGUCAGCACGACACUCAGCGACAUACUAGAGACUUUAGGCCUAGAGGACCAACCUAGGAGUAUCCCGAUUUACACCUUAUUCGUGCUGAUGAAGAUCUCAUUGAUAAUAAUGAUUAUUUGGUGGAAUCGGCAUGAUGUAUCAGAAAGCCGCUCUACAAUUCUGAUGGUAUUCGAUGAAGAGAUCCCUUUGAUUUCGGAUUUGCCAAUGGUCUCGACACCAGCGAGAUCGAAACCUGAUGAGAAAGCAAAGUAG